UUUCUUGUUGGAUUCCUCCGGAGGAUGGACGGGAUUCCCUCUGGUCAGGGCGUGCUGCUGUGUUUACAGAGCUCUCAGCUGAGAUCUGCAGCCACAUGAAGGAUUAUUCACACUUAUCAUCUGAAUGUCAUGAUUUAGAUUUUUAAUCUUACUCUCCUUCUCCUCUCACUGGGAUGACUGACACUUUAUUUAUUUUAUUUUUUUGUUAGAGCACUGCUUCCUGUCCAGUAGCAACACUCGCAUGUGUGAACUUUACCCUCUUGUUAUCAUGCUGGCUUGUUAUCAGCUCAUGUUGUGACUCUCCUGUGAAAUGAUGUGGCAGUCGUUGAUGCACUUUGACUGCGUGUGGCGUGAAAGAGCUGGAGGAACCUAAACACAACUGUUGUUGACUUUGGAGUAAGAAACAGGAACUACAAGACUUUUUUUUUUCCAUUUCUUACCCUGAUCUUGUGUGAAAGGGGGUCAACAUGGACCACAGAGGUCACCACCUGCCCGACUCAGGCCAUCACAGAACCAAAGACAGAGAGGACUACUACAGGUACCCUCAGCCGGACUGGGAGCAGAGCUACCCGUCACCGAACCCCAGAGACAGGGACCGGCACUGGGCUCACCCUGACCCCCGAUACAGGGCUCAUUUCACCAGCCCUCCUGCUAGACCGGAUCCAUACACCACACAGCAGUAUCCUUACGUUCACCCAGAACACCAGAGGCCCCAAUCCAGGCAUGGUUACGAGUAUCAGCCACACAGCCAGUGGGACUACAGAGACAGCUAUGGUUACUAUGACUAUGACUACUACAGAGGACGACAAGAAGAUGCUGGCCAGUGGGCAGCACAGGACUCCUGGAGGACGGACCGGUACCACGACAGAACUUACAAGCAGGAACAUUCAGCAGCGUCCAACACUGACGAGUACAGGUACGACCAGAGGACAGACAGCUCGCAGCAUUACGUCACUGACACUGAGGAGAAUCCCUCCAGAGACAACGAGGAGGUCUCCUCUUAUUAUCUGGGGACGCUAGAAAGCUCCAAGAACUCGGGGUUGUCGUCCAGCAGCUUCGAGCUGAGUCAGUACAUCAACGGAGCCGAGCACAGCGACGCUGCAGAGUGUGGACCUGUGCGUCCGACCUCAGCUCCUCUCAAGUACUCAAUCCCUCAUGCGAUCGUCAGCUUUGGGCCCGCAGGCCAGCUGAUCCGGGUCACUCCGGGCCGGUCCACACAGGAAAACGUCAGCCAGCUGGAAAUCCACAGUCUGGAGGUCAUUCUGUGCGAGACGAAAGAUCAGCAGGAGAUGAGAGACUUCCCAGGACCUCUGACCCGGGAGGAUCUGCACAAAGUGGAUGCUAUCGAGUUUGCCCACCAGAGGGCGGCAGCCUGCUCCAGAGCUGCUGAGCUGCAUGAUAAGAGGUCUGCUGCCCUCCUGUGGAAUCUACUGAUCCUGCUCUGCAGGCAGAAUGGACAAAUCGUUGGCUCAGACAUCGCAGAGCUGCUGAUGCAGGGCUCACACUCAGACGGCAGCUGGGCGUCAGAGGCUCCCACGCUCAUCGACUUCAGCGACGGCGCGACGGCCGAAGCUGCAGCGCCUUGUAAAGGAGACGACCUGCUCACAGGAGACUCCAGCAGCUUCAGCUCGGAGAGCUCUGAGAAGGCCCUGCAGAGCUACACUCAGCUGCUACUGGCAGGAAGGAAAAAGGAGGCCUUGGAGUCGGCCAUGAGCAGCGGCAUGUGGGGGCAUGCGCUUUUUCUGGCCAGCAAGAUGGACAACAGGUCCUACACCACCGUGCUGAACAGGUUUACAGGCCAGCUGACGCCCAGCGAUCCCCUCCAGACCAUCUUCCAGCUGCUGUCUGGGAGAGUCCCUGCUGUGGCCACGUGCUGUGGAAGUGAAAAAUGGGGAGACUGGAGGCCACAUCUGGCUGUAAUGCUCUCCAAUGAGACCGGAGAUCCCGCCGUCCAGCAGAGGGCCAUCGUCACCAUGGGAGACACUCUCGCUUCCAAAGGCCUCUUACACGCCGCCCACGUGUGCUACCUGACAGCCAGCGCUCCCUUCGGGGUGUUCACGCAGAAGGCAGACAGGCUGGUGCUUCUCGGCAGCAGCCACAGGCAACCCUUCGAAUACUUCGCCACAAAUCCUGCCAUCCAGUGCACCGAGUUGUACGAGUACUGCCAGACACUUGGGGGCAAAGGCUUUUCAAUACCGUCCUUUCAGGUGUACAAGUUCCUGUAUGCCAGCCGGCUGCUGGACUGUGGGCUCGCAUCUCAGGCCUUUCAUUACUGCGAGGUGGUGGGACAGGCGAUCCUCAGACAGAGGGAGCCUUUCUUCGUGCUCACUGGAGAGCUUAUCAAGCUGUCAGACAGGCUGAGACACUCGGAGGGUCAGUUCAGUGAAGGAGGGUUGAGCGGAACCGAGCAGGAACCCGACUGGCUGAAACGGCUCCGUGCGAGGUACCACAGUUUACAGACGGGGAGUUACGACUGCACUGAAACAUACCAGCCACCUCCUGAAGGAAAUGACCAUGAGGAUGGAAACGUGUGCUCAGAAUCAGACUUGGACGAUCCAAGCCGUGACAUCCAGAGUCCAGAGCCUGAGCUCCUUUAUUACAGAGGCAGCGAGGAUCAGGAGAGCUUCGAGCAGCGAGCUGAUGGAAACACGGAGGAAAUGACAGCAACGUCAUGGGACGCUAGCGGAGCUCAGAGCUGGCCACACGCCAAUUAUACACUGCCUGUACCGAUGGUUUGUGCUCCCUCGGCAGCCACGGUGGCUGUGGGCCAACACUUCAGUUAUCAUAACACAGAUAGCGCUGAAGUCAGAACAGCCCCACCACAUUGUCCUCAGACUGAUCCAACAUCAGCAGCAGAGGGGCUUGACUUGUCCUCUGCAGCAGGCCCAACGGGGGGUCAGAUGCUGGAAGUCGGCAUCAGUCAGCAGCAGCAAAACCAGCCCAGCAGCCCGCCGGGUCCAGAGGCCUCCGAGCAGAACAACGGGCCUCCUCAACAGAGCGCAAAGGCCGGAUGGUUCAGCGGUUGGUUCAAAUCGAAACCCAAAGAUGUUCAGAAGGAGAGUCCAGAGCGGGGAAACGCAGCUCAGACAAAACUACCACCAAUUGCUAGUCUCUCUCUUCCUCCUCCUCCCCUGCCUGGUGUCGCCCCUCCCGGCACGAUCCCAUCACAGCCUCCCUCUGCAGGGAUUAAUCCAUUCUCAAGGAAAGCAGGCCAGCAGCUGGGGUAGAAACCAUGACCCCGUGUCACGGGACAACUGACACCACUUAAACCAAAAUGGGGACGUCAUGUCACACCUGCCACAAUGAGUACCUUCAUGUCUAAUGGGAGUUUCACCUGAGUUUGGAUGAAGACCAUCAAGAUCCUUACAACUCCUCACAGUCAACAACUCUUUUUUUAAAGGAUGCCCUUUCACAACCCCAGCGUGUUGACCAUCAUGUUCCAUAUUAGGUUCAGAAAUACUCUGGAUGGACUCACAUAGUAACUCAUAUGCGACUGAAACAGCUGAGUUGUGACUCCGUAAAGCUGACGGCAGGGAACUUACCAGUGGACACGGGGGCAUAUUGACCCUGAUAUCUAGUAUAUCAAGUAUGAGAGAUUAGAUCUGGUGGAAAAAGUUUUGGACAGCAACUCUGAGCACUUCAAAGUGGUAUUGUAUGUCAACAGACUCAGCUCUGGUCACCCGUAAAUGAUUAUCCAUUAAAUGCGACGCAAAGAAUCAGCUGUCCUAGAGUUUAAUUAGUGCAAAGUACAUUAUGAUCAUACAGUAUCUAUGCACUUAAAUAGUAAAACUAAGCAGUAAUUUAAAACAAUAAUGAAAGCACAGAUGAGAUCUCUAAAGUAUAAAUGUUGUAGCCUCACAGAAGAUUUAAUCUUUCAAGCAGCGUUUGUGGUAGGGAUGUUAUUUAUGAUUAACCUGUUAGUGAACGCCCCCAUUUUAACGUUCUUUUUCCAAAACAAUGUACCGAAAUUAAAAGCAUGACAGCUCCCACAUAGUUUGAGACUCAGGGAUGUGCUUGGUGCCAUUGGAAAGGUAACACCCUUUUUUUAAAAAGUG